UUAUUUUGAAUAGUUAUCGUAGGUGAUAUUACUCAUAAGUGGUAGAUUACCAUCUAAGUAAAAUGUAUACAUAUUAUUUUGUGUUGUGAUACCUUUAAACCAUGGCUAUUAGUCCUAAAUAUGAAAACUUCUCGUUUGUUGGUUCCAAAGAAGAUUUGUUUACAAAGUAUAAACGCAAGUGUACUGACGCCACCAUAAGACAGAAACGAUCAAAAUACAUAACAACUGGCGUGGUGUUAUUUCUGUUGGUUGCCUUGGUGAUAGGCCUGUCAAUAGGAUUACAUGUGACAAAGUCUGCUGAAAAAGUUGAAUCUUCCGGAGAUGUCGAUACACACGGGAGCAUAGAAACAUAUGAUGAAAAUAACACUGUCCACAUUAAUGGAAAAUUGUCGUCUGCUCUUCUUUUGACGGAAACAGUUACGCCUCUACUGAAUAAAGAGAAAUCGGCAGGGGAACAAGACACAGUGCAAGAUCAAGAGUCAUUGCCAUGCUCAAAUAAAUUACAAUGCCCAUAAAAUAGGAACACAUGGUGCCUUAUCAUCAACAGAUCCAACAAGCUAAAUACAACAUCAUGGAAAGUUCAGCAUUUGUACAACUUUAGUCGAUUCUUCAUUCAUGUUGGCAUAAGCAACUUUUACAGUGACUGGGCAAUAUUUCUUCUAACUUCAGAGAAAAAGUGAACAUUUUAGCAUAGUAUUCCACCAUGUGUGUCACUUUCUUUUCAUAUUCACUCUUGUAUCAUAAUACAUGAGCAGACAUUCAACUGGUAUUAAAUUCGAGCCUAGAUAAUCGAUCAAAAUCAGAAACAAUUUUUGCAAUAUUUUCUUCAGUAUAAAUAUGUACAGAUUUAACCGGUUAUAUGAAUGCACCAAAAGGUUAUAACUUAAAAAAUUAUCGUUUCUAAUUUAUGUACUGUUUUAAAGGUCUUUGGUUGAAAUAUCUCGGAAAGUGUGUAACAGCAACCAGUUUUCAUGCAAACAAAGUGUCAAGGUUUAAGCAGACUUAUUACCAUUAGUUAUUAUAAUUAUUUGUAAUGUUCAUUACCAACGUUAAAACUUCUCAUUUAUUGUUCAAAUUUUGAUAUAACAUUUUAGACAAGUGAAGUCAAUUAAAUCUAAAAUAGUUUUA